AUAGUCCAGGAUCCUGCCCGCUUUUCUGACACAGUGAUGGGAUUAUUGGCAAAGAUGCUUCGAUUUUUUGAGGCUGUUCAUGGAACAGCACCUGAUAUCGCAGGAAAAGACCUGGCAAAUCCCACGGCCCUCCUCCUCUCUUCGAUAAUGAUGCUUCGCCACAUGCGUCUAUUCACAUACGCUGAUACAAUUGAAACGGCUGUCCUCAGCACUAUUGCUGAAGGCAAGUGUCUUACGCGUGAUCUUGGUGGCUCCGCCACAAAUACUGAAUUCACCAACCAUAUCAUCACUAAAUUGAAGUAG